UGAAAAUGCAUUAGCAGCUAAAACUUCUGUGAGUGUGUAUCUCUGUCUCGUGUCGGGUCUGCUCCCCGGCUGGGAAAUUGCUUCCACUUCCACGCCAGAAGGAACGGCUGGAGAGACAAUUUGCAACUAUCCCGCAUAGGACUGAGCUAGAGCAGAACCGGUCGCAGCCUUAGACGGUCAAACUAGCAGCCUGCAAGUCAAAACUCGUCGACAUCAGUACCAAGAUGGCUGAGCCCGUCGAGGAGUCGGAAAUGCAGAGCGCCUAUCGCGACCUCGUCUCCAGCAACCUGGCGCUGAGUGUUGACGUGCUGGAAGCCACGGAGAAGUGGCUCAAGAGGAAUCCGCAGGUAAAGCACAGCAAGAAGGCCAAGGCUGCAAGCAGCAGCAGCGGCAGCGGCGUUGCUCCGCAGGACGAGAGCGAUCGCUACGCUCAGCUAGAAGGAGCUGCGCCACCGGGCCUGGCUCGACUCGUCCGACGUGUCAAGGCGGAAAGGAGCUUCCUGGCCGGGGUGAUGUCAGCAAAGGUACCCAUCCGUAACUCGCACGCUCGAAGCAGCAAUCUAGCCCACCUGCACGCAAUCUUCUUGACCGCUCGCUACUCGAACCGUUGCACGGCCGUACUCAAGCGAAUGUUCUUCCUGCACGUCGCGGAAUUCUCGGACCCGGUCUACAUCCCGCUGAGCGACGGUGAGGAGGACUACUCCAGUGACGGAAGCGAGCAGGAGGGUGGUGACGACGAUGAUUGUACCCCGCAGGAUGACGGCGCGUCGAAGGACCUCCGUUCCGGUGAGCGUGUGCCCGUUCCCGCGGCGAGCCAUGCCGAACCGACCGCGAACGUUGCCACGGCAACUUCGCAUGGUGACCGCGAGCAGGCGUUUGCCACCGCUGCCGCAGCUGCCGUUCCGCUGCAGCCGAGCGAAAUGGAGCAGCUGCUGCGCGACCGCCUUCGACAGGACCUUGGCGUGGAGUACUCGGACGAGGAAGACGACGGGGAAAAUGGCGUCGGCAUGUUUGACUUCAGAGAGGACGGUCCUGGAGAGGAGGAUGCGUCGAGUGAGAGCGACGACGAAGAUCACUGCGUCGACUCGGUUGUGGCGGACGUCAUUGUGGAGGGCGGCCGCGCCUGGAUCAAGGUGGUCGCCCGCAAUCCGCUGUCCCUGCAUCGCACCUGUCAAGGUGGCAGUCGUGGACAUCGGAACCACAAGAGCGUACUAGUACAAGCCCAGGAUAUGCUCUCUGCUGCACAGCAGAAUCCGAAAGAUUAUUCAGCGCCACGGGUCGUUAUUCUGUUUGCCAAAGGCGUAACAAAGCCAGUAAAAGACGAACUUCAAAAACUAGGCGUGACCGUGUGUGGACGUGUGUGCCCAAGACGAGAUUCGCCGCCAUCAGCGUCGGCGGAUGCAGACGACCGCACGAACGGCGCGUGCGACUCCUCGGCCGGCGCCGGUUCUUACGCUUGUGUUGAUCUGUCCCCGGCUGAGCUGGAGGCCGAAGUGGCGGAGAUGAUGCAGCAGCUGUCCACCACCUUACAACAGGAGACGGCAAGAUGCGAGGACAAGCGUGUCAACCUGGACGUUUCCACCAUGUUAGUUCUGUGCUCCCAGUUGACGCACGGGUAUGCCAACUACAAGUUCAAGAGUGGUGUGCUAAAUGAGCAGGCGGCAAGGGAGCGUCUCCACCCCGCGCUGCCCGAACUGGAAGAGUUCCUAGCCGACAAGGAUUUGCUGUGUUGCGAGACGGCUCGGUCGGAAUUCAAUGACAUUGUCAACACGGUCGCUGGCCCGGUGGAGAAAGAGCGCGCCAGAGAGCUGAUGGAAGAAGUCAAGGUGGUUCCUGAUUGUCCCUCACAGCGCAUCAUGGAUCUGAAAGAGACGACCAAGAUUCGAGAACGGGCAAAGGUGAUUUUCGGCACCGGUGAAAGCAUGCAGCUGACUACAUCGACGGCAAAUCAGGCGUUUGUGCGGGCCGCAGCCGGACAGGGUAUACAUUUCAGUGUGUUCAGUCACGAGUCGCGGGCGCUCACAGAGUCGAAGCAGCUCACGGCAGAGCCGCUGCCCGCGGAGAACGGAGCCGCAGAGUAGUGACCCGUCCGCGGCAUAACACACUCACCUGUGUGUGUGUGUUCUUUUGCUUUCUCGCUGUUGUCUCCCGCUUCUGGGAGCGACGUGGCCAUUUGUGCCAGUUGUACAUAGUAGCAGUAUAGUACUGUCCUGGACCUGGAAAUCCGGUCGCACCUCUAGCGGCCCAGGGCGCUGCCCACGCAGCCUUGAGUACGCGUGCGAUACAUACCUUCAUUCGCUGCAGCGUGCGCUGGCCGCAUCGGAUCAACGCAUGCACUGCAUGCAGCGUUCUGUACGCACCGAGGGCGCCGGCUUCGGUCAUUCGACUGGAUUUCCAUGUCCACGACAGUAGUAGUAGUAGUGGUAGUAGUGUGUGUGUGUGUGUGUCCGCGUGAGUGCGCUACCAAUGUUCGUUUAUAGUGAUGUGCACUGGCUGCGAGCACCCGCGUCUUUCUCCGUGUUGUAACUGCCCUCAUCAUCAUCACCACAUUCUCCAUCAUGUCACAAAUUACCCGGCUCCAGGUGGCGCGUCCGUACUAAAUUACAGAAUGCUGUCCCCGUUGCGCUUAUGCAAGAAGUAAAAAUGGCUAUACAUUAAAUCUCUGUCGCCUUGUUAUGUCUUCGUUAUCAUAUUCGGAUCGGAUUUCCUCUGCUAUACGUUAUGUCUAUUGUAUUUGUUGAGUCUUACGAAUGACACUCACGCCAUCAUGCUUGUUGGCCGUACAGCUAAAGAGUAAAGGCUGUUCUAGAGGCCUCCAGCUGCAGGAAUUGCUUUCGUCUCAUCACAGAAAUUCCACUUCAUGAAUUUAAAAAAAAUGCGCCUUGCAA